UGUUUGCCAAAAGGUGGCAACGUUGGUCGUUAUCAAAUAAAAAAUAACACUUUAGUUAGCUGCAACUGCACGUAACAUAUUAGAAACAUAAUAUUGCAUUGGAAAUGCUAAUCCUAAGAAGAUGCUCGCCUUUUGUGCAGAUUUUAAGACGCUGUCAUAAACAAGCAAUCGAACAGAAUUCAAAUGGGAAGAACAACUUGACCGCUUUCUUUGGCAAGUGGCCGGAAGGGGAGCAACAGGAUUUCCAGCAGCACAUGCGCAUCAUUACGGACUUUAUCAGUGAGACGGAGGAACGGCAGCUGCAUGAGGAGAUCGAACCCUAUAUGAGUCGAUUGCGCUACGAAUUUGAUCACUGGGACGAUGCAAUUCAUGGUUUCCGAGAGACGGAGCGCAAGAAGUGGUUUCCGCACAAUCGUGAAGUUCUGGAACGAGUGCGUCAGGUAGCCUUUGACGGUGCUAUAAUGCCAUAUGUCCAUAUCCUAGACUUGGCACCAGAUGGCGUCAUUAAACCGCAUGUAGACAGCACUCGAUAUUGUGGCACAACAAUAUCGGGAAUAAGUCUGCUCAGCGAUAGUGUAAUGCGACUGGUGCGCACGGACGCCAAACGCUACCAGCAGCAAUCGGAGUCCAAGGGCACAGAUGAUGCAGCUUACCGUCAUAGACCGGAGGCGAAGCUGGAAAACAACUUCUACGCAGAUCUGAUGCUGCCGCGUCGCUCCUUGUACAUAAUGAGCCACACGGCUCGCUACAAUUUCACGCACGAGAUCCUGGCCAAAGAGCACUCCUCCUACCGGGGCACACCCGUUCCAAAGACACGUCGCAUUUCCAUCAUUUGUCGCAACGAACCCUAGGAGUGUCAUCCGUAUUUUGGUGCAUGCUCAAAGUUUUUCUUUUGAAAAGUUAAGCUAACCAUCCAAAAGUUUUUUAUGAAAAUGAUUACUUUUAAAUUUCUAGUCCUGUUGAUAAUAUUAAACUGUAAAUAUUAAUACUUUAUUCGUGGCUUAAUUAAAAACGUAGUAGUUGUUACACUCUUAACCUUUAAGUGCAUUGAAAGUGCCUGUGAAAGGACGUAAGCCCUGCAAUCGUUCUAAACUUUCAAUGCACAUGUUUGCCGCCCCGGUUACAGUUAAAUAAAAUAGUUAAAGGAUGGCGAAACUUUCAAUCCGGUUUCCUCAGACUUACACAAUGCCAAUUGUAAAA